UUUAUGAAUCAUUCAAAGCAACAACCGUAAAUACAUCUUAUCGUUCAGUAUUAGUAAACAACAAAGCUGUUAUAGCACAUUUACCACCCGUUGAUUCUCAUUUUACAGAUGUAAAUAUUCUUGGAAUGGA